CUCGAAUUUAAAAAGGGAGAGGUUUAUCAAUUCAACGGCUCAGAUCAAACCAGUUCAACGGCUCAGAUUGAAAUCGGAAGCUAGAUUCUGCACGAAUCGAUCGGAAACAAUGGCGGACGAACACAAGCACGAAGAAUCUCUCCCUAAAUUGGAUCCGGCGGUGGAAGUUGUAGAGAGAGGAUCGUUGAUGGACAAAGUAUCAGAGAAGAUUCACCACAAAGGUGGCUCGUCUUCAUCAUCAGAUGACGAGAGUGAGAAGAAACCGUCUUCUCCGUCGUCUAUGAAAUCGAAGGUUUACCGUUUGUUCGGCAGGGAGAGGCCCGUUCAUAAGGUUCUCGGUGGCGGAAAACCGGCUGAUAUAUUCAUGUGGAAGAACAAGAAGAUGUCAGGUGGUGUGCUUGGUGGUGCCACAGUAGCCUGGGUGCUCUUUGAACUCAUGGAGUAUCAUCUUCUCACUCUGCUGUGUCACGUUAUGAUCGUCACUCUCGCUGCGCUGUUUCUAUGGUCUAAUGCCACCAUGUUCAUUCGCAAGUCUCCACCAAAGAUUCCUGAAGUGCAUAUCCCUGAGGACCCGCUUCUUCAGCUUGCAUCUGGGCUCAGAAUCGAAAUCAACCGUGGGUUCUCCUCUCUUCACGAGAUUGCAUCUGGAAGGGAUCUCAAGAAAUUCCUCUCUGCUCUGUUCGGGUUGUGGAUUCUAUCAAUCUUGGGUGGAUGUUGUAGUUUCUUGACAUUGGCAUACAUAGCUUUGGUUCUACUUUUCACUGUUCCUCUUGUCUACGACAAGUACGAAGACAAAGUAGACUCAUAUGGUGAGAAAGCAAUGGCUGAGUUGAAGAAGCAAUAUGCUGUGUUGGACGCCAAGGUAUUGCGCAAAAUCCCAAGGGGGCCAUCAAAGGACAAGAAGAAGGAUUAGGAGCUGUGUUCGUCGGUUGUGUUGUGAAAUGGUAGUCUAAAAGUUGUGUUAGAUCCCAUCUCGUUCUCGAUUUUACUUGUAAACUGCUGUUUUUCUAGAACUUUAUUUUGUGUUUGUGCUAUUGGUGGGUGUUGUGUCAUGAGAACAAAACUUGUAGUUGACCUCUUCCUAUAUAAAUAUUUUACGUAUUCUUCA